AGUCGGCUCCCUCGUUGACCGAAUCACCGACCUCUCUCCCCAGCUGUAUUUCCAAAAUGUCGCUUUCUAACAAGCUGACGCUGGACAAGCUGGACGUUAAAGGGAAGCGGGUCGUUAUGAGAGUCGACUUCAAUGUUCCUAUGAAGAACAACCAGAUAACAAACAACCAGAGGAUUAAGGCUGCUGUCCCAAGCAUCAAAUUCUGCUUGGACAAUGGAGCCAAGUCGGUAGUCCUUAUGAGCCACCUAGGCCGGCCUGAUGGUGUGCCCAUGCCUGACAAGUACUCCUUAGAGCCAGUUGCUGUAGAACUCAAAUCUCUGCUGGGCAAGGAUGUUCUGUUCUUGAAGGACUGUGUAGGCCCAGAAGUGGAGAAAGCCUGUGCCAACCCAGCUGCUGGGUCUGUCAUCCUGCUGGAGAACCUCCGCUUUCAUGUGGAGGAAGAAGGGAAGGGAAAAGAUGCUUCUGGGAACAAGGUUAAAGCCGAGCCAGCCAAAAUAGAAGCUUUCCGAGCUUCACUUUCCAAGCUAGGGGAUGUCUAUGUCAAUGAUGCUUUUGGCACUGCUCACAGAGCCCACAGCUCCAUGGUAGGAGUCAAUCUGCCACAGAAGGCUGGUGGGUUUUUGAUGAAGAAGGAGCUGAACUACUUUGCAAAGGCCUUGGAGAGCCCAGAGCGACCCUUCCUGGCCAUCCUGGGCGGAGCUAAAGUUGCAGACAAGAUCCAGCUCAUCAAUAAUAUGCUGGACAAAGUCAAUGAGAUGAUUAUUGGUGGUGGAAUGGCUUUUACCUUCCUUAAGGUGCUCAACAACAUGGAGAUUGGCACUUCUCUGUUUGAUGAAGAGGGAGCCAAGAUUGUCAAAGACCUAAUGUCCAAAGCUGAGAAGAAUGGUGUGAAGAUUACCUUGCCUGUUGACUUUGUCACUGCUGACAAGUUUGAUGAGAAUGCCAAGACUGGCCAAGCCACUGUGGCUUCUGGCAUACCUGCUGGCUGGAUGGGCUUGGACUGUGGUCCUGAAAGCAGCAAGAAGUAUGCUGAGGCUGUCACUCGGGCUAAGCAGAUUGUGUGGAAUGGUCCUGUGGGGGUAUUUGAAUGGGAAGCUUUU